AUUGAUCAUUGUCAAACACAGUUAUAAUUUGUGACAGAGUGUGCCAAAAGAAGAAAACUUGGGUGGAUGGCUUUCUAUAUCUAGAAGAGGUAAUCAGUUCUAAUGAGUAGGUGGCUACUUUGCAUCCUUUUUUUUUCCUUGUGCAGAUUAUAUGUGUCAGUUCAGAGUGCCUGCAGUUGCCUCUGGCUGGGUUGGGGAUCACAGGCCCCCUGGGCUGGGUUUGGUGAGUUUUUCUCCAAGGCCAGCAGUGAACACUACUACACUCCACCUGAGUUCAGCUCAGAGCUCAUCUCAAAACAUGGGGAGCUGAGGAGAUUUUUGUUUCAUAUUCAUCACUGUUUUUCUCUUAUGAUUUUUUUUUUCACUUUAAACAGUUUAAAAAUCACGAGGAGGUGAGCAAAGAACCUGCUGUGCCCCUGGAUUCUGCAUUUACCACUUUGCUAAAGAGAGCCUAUGAGAGAGGAAGCAAUACCCUACUGGAAGGUGGUGUUCAGACAAAAUUGGCUUUGGCUCCCACCUGACCAGCUUUUGUUGGGAGUAAAGCAUGUGCUGUUAUACCUGAAAUCCACAGUGGAGAACUUCAGCAGGCUUGGUAAAACUUUGGGUCCUCAGCUUGUUGAUCUCUGUGUGGACCUGCUGAGCAUCUUGUUGUGCCGGGACAAUGAAAUAAAGCUGGAGCAGCAGCAGAAGCAGGAGGAGCAUCAGGCUGAUGGGAUCUCUUCAUGGAUGAGGAGCCUCUGAUGACAGAAGUGUCUUCAAAUGACAAGACCCUGGAGGAUGCACUCACCUUGAUUUUCAGACAUCCUGCACUGGAGAGCUGGUUCCUGGCGUUGGAGCUGCGCUCUAUUCCUCAGCCUGGUCUGAACCCUGUCACUGUGAAGCUCCUGUCAGCUCACCUCCAUUCUGGGGUGCUCCAGCUGCUGAAAACGAGAGAUCACAGACACGUCUUGUCCAAGUAUUUCAAAGCCAUCACCAAAAGUGUCCUGGAAGAGCUGCAGACUGGGGGGAAGGACCAAAGCCAGGUCUAUCCCAGGAAGUCUCACCAGCUGCAGGCUCUGGAGGAGCUGCACAUGUACAUGACUGCAGCUCAGCUGAAGGAGAUCACUUUAACCAUGCUGCAACUUCCUGAGAUGGGCUUGGCUUCUCAGAAAUCUGAAAAAUCCCCUAAAAUAGGGAAGCAGUUAAGCUUCUAUGGACAAAUUUGGUGCAGCUCUUUACAGACAGCCACCAAAGACAGCCCCAGCAAGGAGACUUCUGCUGUCCACAGAGCACAUUAA